AUGCAAGACACUGAUGCCAGGGGGAGCUCCCCUGCCUUCCUCCGGCCUCAGAAUGGGAACGGUUGCAGGUCUUCGGGGUACGUCCCAGGGAGAAUUGCCCCACUCCGUCCUCCGCCGCCCUCGCAGACCCACGCUGCCGCCGAGUUUACCUCCGCAAGACAGGAAGCCCGGACAACACUCCCGUCCCUACCCGUGGAUCAGCACCGCCGCCAGGCAGAAGCCAGCAGGCAUAAAAAUACUCUCAUUUGCUUCGCCUUUUCUAGCCUUUCACUUUUUGUUGCACUGGGGAUUUUUUUGGGAAUAGCUUCAAAAUACGCUCCAGAUGAGAAUUGUCCAGAUCAGAAUCCUCGUCUUAAAAACUGGAGCCCUGGAAAAGAUCCUGAAAAGAGAGUUUUUAUCAGAAAGGGAGAUCUGUUUCGCCUGAACUCAGAUGCUACAGUACACUCUAUAGUUAUACAGGAUGGAGGGUUACUUGUUUUUGGUGAUGAUAAAGAAGGUUCUAAAAAUAUUACCUUGAGAACUCGAUUUAUCCUGGUAAAGGAUGGUGGAAUGCUUCAUGUUGGAGCAGAGAAAUGCCGAUAUAAAUCCAAAGCAACUAUUAUUUUGUAUGGGAAGUCAAAUGAAGGUGCUGAUGUGCCAGAAUUUGGCAAAAAAUUUAUUGGUGUGGGCCCUGAAGGAACACUAGAGUUGCAUGGGCACCAGAAGUUAUCAUGGACUCUCCUGUCAAAGACUGUGUAUUUCUCAGGGCUGGCCUAUGGUCCUUAUGCUUUCAAAAAGAAUUUUUCCCGAGGACUAAAUGUGAGAGUGAUUGAUCAGGACACAGCAGAGGUUCUGGAAGUGCUGAAGUUUGAUACUCAUGAAUUUUCAGAAGAAAGCUUGAAGCUCCAGAACUUACUGAAAAAUGGAAGUCUUGGUCGCAUUAUUGCUAUUGCUGUAGGAGAUUCAGCUGCUAAAAAUCUACUGGAUGAAACCAGGCUGACUAUUCAAAAUCUUCUGGGAAGUAAGUUUGUCAGAGGAUUGAGUUACAGGCAAGCCUGGGCUUUGGUUGGUGUCAUAGGUGGUGGAAAUUCUUCCUGUAAUGAAUCAGUGAGAAACUAUGAAAAUCACAGCACUGGUGGGAAAGCUCUUGCUCAGAAAGAGUUUUUCACAGUGGAUGGUCAGAAGUUUGUUGUGAGAGCUUAUAGCGAAUGGAACGAUGGUGUCCCAAUUUCAGGCUUCCAGGUGGAAGCUGUAGGUGGAGUGAUACUGAAUCUUCUGGAUGAUGCUAGUAGUUGGGAGCCUGGAGACCGGAUUGUGGUUGCAAGCACAGACUAUUCAAUGUAUCAAACAGAGGAAUUCACCCUCCUUCCCUGCCCAGAGUGUACCAAGCAUCAGGUCAAAGUCAAAGAAAAUCCUCAGUUUCCUCAUAUAGGAGAAAUUAUUGAUGGAGUGGACAUGAGGGCAGAAGUCGGAGUUCUUACAAGGAAUAUCUUGAUCAAGGGGGAGACAGAGAAUACCUGCUAUCGUGAAAAGGACUGUCAAUUCUUCAAUUAUGACACAUUUGGUGGACAUAUCAAGAUUUUGAAGAAUUUUACAUCUGUGCAUCUCUCCUAUGUGGAAUUGAAGCAAAUGGGCCAGCAGCAGAUUGGAAGUUACCCUGUUCACUUUCACCUGUGUGGGGAUGUGGAUGAAAAAGGAGGUUAUCGUUUUAAGACUUACCUGGAAGGUCUUUCCAUUCAUCACUGUUUUUCCAGAUGUGUGACUGUUCAUGCAACUAAUGGCUUGCUGAUAAAGGACACCAUUGGCUAUGACACACUAGGUCACUGUUUCUUCACAGAAGAUGGCAUUGAGCAGAGGAAUACUUUGUUCCACAAUCUUGGGCUAGUCACAAAACCAGGCACUCUUCUUCCUACAGACAGAAACAGCAGUAUGUGUACUGGUAUUAGGGAUAAAGUGUAUGGAAGUUAUGUCCCAGUGCCAGCCACAGACUGCAUGGCAGUUUCAACAUUCUGGAUUUCUCAUCCCAACAAUCAUCUUAUAAAUAAUGCAGCAGCAGGUUCACAGGAUGCUGGAAUAUGGUAUUUAUUCCACAGGGUUGCAACAGGAGAUUCUCAUGGUUUGGGCAUUGAAACUAAGUCAGAGCUUACACCCCUAGGCAUAUUCUAUAACAACAGGGUUCAUUCUAAUUUUAAGGCUGGUUUGUUCAUUGAUAAGGGUGUUAAAACAACUAACGCUAGUAUGGAUGAUCCCAGAGAAUAUCUUUGUUUGGACAACAAUGCAAGGUUUCGACCUCAUCAAGAUGCAGACCCUGAAAAGCCUCGAGUUGCAGCCCUGAUUGACAGAUUAAUCUCCUUCAAAAACAAUGACCAUGGGGCCUGGGUCAGGGGAGGGGACAUCCUCAUUCAAAACUCUGGAUUUGCAGACAAUGGAAUAGGUUUAACAUUUGCUAGUGCUGGGAGCUUCCCAAAUGAUGAAGGUGCCAGCCAGGAGGUAUCUGAGUCUCUGUUCAUAGGCGAGAGCAAAAAUUACGGUUUUCCAGGCGGCCAAAACAAGUAUGCAGGAACGGGAGGAAUAGACAGCAAGGCGCGCACUCUGCCCCGGAACCGGACAUUUCCAAUCAGGGGUUUUCAAAUUUAUGAUGGCCCUAUUCACCUUACCAAGUGCACAUUCAAAAACUUUGUGCCAACUCCAGACAGAUUUACCAGUGCAGUUGGAUUCCUGAUGAAAAAUCUGUGGCAGAUGACACCAAAAAACAACGUUUCUCUUGUGAAGUUUGGUCCAAAUGUUUCUUUGAAAGCCUUCUUUGGAAAACCUGGUCCCUGGUUUGAAGAAGGAGAUCUGGAUGGUGACAAGAACUCAAUAUUCCAUGAUCUCGAUGGUUCAGUGACUGACUACAAAGAUACUUACGUGGGCAGAAUGGAUAAUUACUUGAUACAACACCCCAAAUGCAUUAAUAUUACAGAAUGGAGUGGAGUGGUUUGCAGUGGGACCUAUGCACAGGUUUAUGUCCAAACCUGGAAUGGACAAAAUCUUUCCAUGAGUAUUGUACGAGAUGAGUACCCAUCCAAUCCAAUGGUUCUUCGAGGUAUUAAUCAGAGAACUGCUGCCUUCCAACAAUACCAGCCAGUAGUGAUGCUCCAAAAGGGCUACACAAUACAUUGGAAUGGAAAAGCUCCAAAUGUCACCUAUCUUUAUCUCAUUAACUUCAACAAGAAUGACUGGAUUCGUGUUGGUCUUUGUUAUCAACCAAAUACAGAAUUUACUAUAGGAUUGGAAACCUUCCAAAGACGGUCAUCUGCCAUGUCAAGCAAGCUGGAGCGCUACGUGCCUGUGUCUUCAAUGGUGGAGCUCGAAAAGAAUCGAUCAGACAACAGAUUUUACUUUGACAACAGUACUGGAUUACUCUUUUUAUUUCUUCAAGCCAAAUAUGAUAGGGUUGGUCACAGUUAUUGCUCAUCUCAGGGAUGUGAAAGAAUCAAGAUUGUGACCAAAGAUUCAGCAAAAAGGAUCAGUAACUGCAUGGCAGAAGCUUACCCAAAAUACUAUCAAGCACCAACUGUCAUAAAGCAGAUGCCAGUAAAAAAUACUGUACCAUGUACAAAAUGUGGCACAACUCAGAUGGCAUUCACCAGUGAUCCUCAUAAAACCUACCUCCUUGUGCAGAUUAAUUCAUCUGGUAAAAAAGAGCUAAGCAGAGGUCAGCAAGCAUUUAUUUCUGUCAAUGACACUAUGUUUUCCAUCAAGGAUAAUGGUGUACUUAUUGUUGUAGUGGAUGCCUGUGUUGGCACAGUGUCAGGAAAGAAAUUAUUCUCUGGAGUAGACGUUAAGCAUGUAGAUGGAUAUUUGAAAUCUGGAAUUCCACAGAGGUCUGUCGUUCUGCUGAGCACAAGAGGUGAUGUAGCAGUGCCUGAUUUAUCAGAAGCCUUAAUGUCUCUGGGGACAGCCAAACCACCUUAUCUUCAGAGCAACGGAAGCCUGGCCUUUCUGGGCUUCAGAGGAAACUUUAAGCCAUCCUGGAUUAAGUUGUUUACCAGUCCUGCUGGGCAUGGGCUCAUUCAGAUAGAAAAGUAUAUCCCUUUACAACUGGAAGAGUAUGGCUGUGCCAGAGCAAUCAAAAGACGACGGGAAGACCUCGAGCUUCUGAAGAAGGCUACACGAUCUCUUUGA